UAAGUCAUGAAAACAAUACAUUAGUGAAAAUGGUGAAAAGAAAAAUAGAUAGUAUUAUAUCUGAAGACAACGACACUAAAAAUCUUGCUGAAAAUGGAGAUAAACAAGCAAAUGAACCUAACAAAGACGGCAAGAAACGCAUAAAAAAUUUGUAUCGACAACCGACCGUGAACGAAUUAAACAGGUUACAAGAAACCGAGAACUUAUUUAACUCUAAUCUGUUCCGUUUACAAGUCGAAGAGAUACUAGAAGAGGUGAAAGUUAAAGAAAAGGUCGAAAAGAAGCUGCAGCUAUGGUUAGUCGACUUGAAAACUCAUUUGCAGUCUAUAGGAGAAGAUAACAAAGAGUAUGAUCUUAGUGAACAAAUUCUAGAGAAGCAUCUUAAGGUAAAAUUGCCGAUAAGUAAUAAAUUGAAGAAGACUAAAUGCAUGUUUAAGUUCCACAAGUUCACCGACAUUGAAAUUGUAGGUUCAUAUGGUUUAAAGUGUCCAAUAAACUCAAAACUCAGAGUCGACAUACAGAUCACAGUGCCAGCUGUUACAUAUACUAAAAAUGACUCUAUAAACUACAGAUAUCAUAAGAAAAGAGCUGCAUAUCUAGCUGUUAUUGCUUCACAUUUGAAAAAUGCUAAUAUCAUUGAGGAAUUGAAGUAUUCCUGGCCGAACGGUUGCGAAACUAAACCUGUAUUGGAUUUUAAACCGGCAGGGAAGCUUGGAAACUUUGUAGCUGUACGUAUCGACUUAAUUUGUGAACCAGAAGCAUAUAAAUUACAUCGAUUUAGUCCAUCUCGUAAUAAUUUGAGGGAAACGUGGUUAUUAGAAGCAGAUAAUGCAGAGAGUAAUGUAGAGGUGGGACCUCCAAGUCCCUAUUACAACAGCAGUGUGUUAACAGAUCUGACGGCAUCAGAAAAUGAGAACUAUUUAAGAGAAGUAUUAUUGAAGAGUGAAAACCUGAAGCAGGCAGUUGUUUUAUUAAAGAUUUGGUUAAGGCAAAGGAAAUUGCAAGUGUCAGGCCAUAUUGUUAGUAUGAUUGUUGCAUAUUUGGUGCAAACAAAGAGAAUUAACAAUAUUAUGAGUAGCUAUCAGAUUAUAAGGAAUGUAUGGAUUGCUCUAAGAACAUCAGAAUGGGACACAAAAGGGAUAUCUCUCCACAAAGGAGACAACACACCGCAACUGGAAGAAUUCCUACAACAUUUUCCUGUGGUAUUUCUGGACAAGACUGGCUGCUACAAUGUCUGUUGGCAGAUGUGUAAGGGCACUUAUGAUGCGUUGAAGAGGGAGUGUGCUAUAUCUGUUGAAAUGCUGGAUAACGGGAAGAUUAAUAGUUUCAUACCUAUUUUCAUGACUCCCAUCCGGCCUCUGCUACAAUUUGAUCAUAUACUGAGGUUCAAAAAUUUCAGUAAUAUUAAGCAAUCGGUGAUAGCUACAGUGCCCACACAGUCUCGUGUUAACUAUGGUUUAGACGAACGCACUCUCGUCAUAGACACCCUUCACGCUCUUUUAACCAAAGGGUUAGGGAACAGGGUGAAUGUGAUACUGCAGUUGGUAGAUGCUGACUUGUCAUGGCCCGUUAAAAUUAAACCCGAGAAGGCAAAGAAAGAUAAUGCAGAGAGCAUAUCUUUUGGUAUUAUCCUGAACCCUGACACCUGUUUCAAUGCAGUAGAGAAAGGGCCACCAGCCAAUUUACCAGAAGCAGAAGAAUUUAGAGCGUUCUGGGGUGACAAAUCUGAGCUGCGUCGGUUUCAAGACGGGUCCAUCACGGAGACGUGCGUGUGGGAGGCGGACAGCAACAUCGAACAGCGCGGCAUCACGCGCCAAAUCAUUGAUUACCUAUUGAAACUUAAAUACCGCAUAUCAUCAGUAUUCAGCUACUCGGAACCUAUGCCACCUCUGGCCCUACGUCCGCAGAACAAGCCCUGGCAGAAGGGCAACUGUUGCCUUAUCAAGAAUUCAGAAAGAGCCACCUCUAUGCCUCAAUACACGCCUGUGUCUAAAGUUAUUAUUGAACUAGGGCACAGCGGAAAAUGGCCAGGCGAUAUAGAAGCAUUCCGCUGCCUGAAAGCAGCAUUUCAUCUGCAAAUAGCCGAGCGUCUCAACAAACAAUUCGAAAUCCCCACGCAAGCCUAUCCGACACACUUCGACGUGCUCAAAGACGGUCUAGUAUUCCGGCUCGCAAUCGCUCACCCUAAAGAGAUCACGUUGAUACGCAGACAGACAGACAAUGGUGUGGUGAAGUUUGUAGAGAGCGAGGAAAGCAUUGAGUUGCAUUAUGAUACUGUGGUACUGCCGAGGCUGAGGGGCGCUUUACACGGAUUGCACCAAAAGCAACCGUCGUUCGGUCCAGCAGCGUGCCUACUCAGGCGCUGGUUCUGUUCCCAGCUGCUAGGCUCCGCUAUGCCGGAAGUGACGGCCGAGCUGGUGGUAGCGGCGGCUAGCAUGCGGCCUUCACCGUUACCACCUACCAUCAGUCCUGUGGCACUAUUCGCUCGCGCCCUGACUCUGCUCGUAGAAACCGACUGGUCGCAAGAGGUCGUGACUCUAGACUUUAAUGAUGAUUUCACGGCGGAAGAAAUCUCCACCUUGGAGCGGCAGUUCUCAUCCCGCGAGGAUAAAACCCCGCGGAUGUACAUCGUGACGCCGUACGACGGUGAGCUGCCGUCAGCGUGGAGUCGACACUCUCCGACCCCGCAGGUGCUGGUCAGGGUCCAAACCUUGGCGAAGAGCGCACUCCAGUACCUCAGCAGUUCCCUGCUUGAGGACAUGAAGGAAAAUAUACUGCCUGUAUUUGUGCCAUCGCUUUCCGGAUAUGACGUCAUAAUUCACCUCGAAGCCGCAUUGGUCCCGUAUUACGGCGAGCGGCUCGACCAGACUCCCCGGCAGAGGGCGCCACCCGCAUCGGUAAUCGAUGACGUCAUACCCGUGGUGGAGUUCCAUCCGGUCAUGAGAUACUUGGAGGAAUUGCGAAGUGCAUAUAAUGAGUACGCCAUGUUUUUCCACGAUGCGUACGGUGGCGAUGUAAUCGCUGUAUUGUGGAAACCAGACGUCGCCGAAACCAGGGAUUUACAGAUACUGAACGCAAAUGCUUUAAGACCAGUGGUGGUGGAUGGAGAGACAAAGUACAAGAUAAACACACAGGCAAUAAUAGAAGACUUUAAACAUAUAGGGCAGGGUCUCGUCACACAUGUUACUGUUAAUACAUAAAUAAAUAUGUAUAAUAUAUGUUAAAUAUGUUUGAUUUAAUUAUUAAUCUCCAUUUAUCUCGGAUAAUUAAAUG